AUGGAGGACCUCGACCCAACGGCCAUCCGUACUCUUGUCGAGAAACUGAUUGGAGGCCCUUGUAAUUUUAUUCUCAAUACGGACAUUUCUCCCUUCCGUGGCGGAGAGUAUGCAAUCUAUGCUCUAGAGGACGAGAAGUCAAGACGCCUCUGCCUCCGCAUCCAAAAUAAUCGGACCAGCUGCCAUAUCGCCCUUGUCAUUGAACACGAGGCCGAGGUCCGUCGCCAUAUUGACGCUGCCCAAAUCGAUCUCUUUCAGCCGCUUAUCGCCUAUGAUCCUACGACAGAGAACUUGAUGAAAGCGCCGUAUAUGGCUCUGGGUUGGGCGGAUGGGGAGGCGGCCCUGGAAUGGAUUACAGAUAAGAUUGACCGCAAGAUCGCACGUGCGAAAUCCAACGAGCUUCGCGGGGGCACAGUCACCGAUAUCAUCGACUUAGGCUGGGCGGAAAUGGUACCUCUACAAUUUGCGGCCGUGUACCCGCGCUUUCUCACCCAUGAACCCGGGGAGGGAGCCCAAGGCUUUUCUGUUCGCAAUACCCGGCAAAUGAAGCAAAACCGCGCUUUCUACCUCGGAUGUGUGGAGACAAGGGCUAAGCGGGAGGGCGGCAUCGAGCUAGAUUACUAUCGCGUACUUUCUCGCGACGACGAACCCAGUAGGUACUGGUGGCUCACUGCAGCGAGCCGCAUCGACAUUCACAUAGCUAUGUUGUUGUGUUCUCGGGCGCCCGCAAUUGUAUAG